AUGUCGAGUCUCACACCAGAAUCGGAAACCAAAACUGAGUCUCUUGAGAUCGGGAUGUCCAAUAUUGAGGAAAUCCAUCCCCUCAACUCCUUGGCCGACCAUGACAAUUCCAGCCCCCUCUUUGUAUCACUGGUCAAUUGGGUUGGCACUGAGAUUGCGUCCACAUCCUUCGGCGCUCUAAAGCCUUCUGAAGACGACACUAUCCAGAACUUCAAGGAGAUGGCCAGAGUCGUUGGUGUCGCAUCCAAGCGCCGGCAACCAAUUGACGAGGAUCAGUGGAACGUCAUUAAGAUGAUGAUCUGGAGACUGUGGCAGAUCGUGGAAUUCACUAGAGAGCUGGGCCAGAAGAUUAAUGUCAAGGGAAUCCUCAUCAUGUUCGCCACUCCUGCCAAUCACUUCGAAAGUCCUAUUCCUGAGAUUUCUGCGAAGCUUUCAGAGCGCUUUGGAAGUCAAAACUGGGGCUUUCCGCAACUUAUUGAACCGCAGGUUGGAAAGAACACCACGUCUACCAGAAUCCGUGCCGGCACUCCAGGAUCUGCUUCUCAUGACGUCCGGAUUCGAAUACCACCACCUAAUCACUCAAUAUUUGGUCCGAACGGUUGUAUGCACCACAUUGCUCUUUUUGAGACGAGGGGGUACGAAAUCCUCUGCGAACCGGGCAAGUAUGACGUAUUUGGACAUAACGGUUUCCAAGUUGGUCAAUGCUGGGCAAGACAGGUUGCAGCUGUAAGAGAUGGUGUCCACGGAUCUCGUCAAGCUGGAAUCUGCGGCACCGCCAACAAAGGAGCGUACUCAAUUGUCAUCGCUAGUACUUAUGCCUCACUUGAUCAAGACACUGGUUCUCAAGUUUUCUACUCCGGUGCAGGCGCACUGGUGACGAUUGACUCUACUCCAGACCAAAGCAAGUACACCACCAGAGCACUGAUCAAGUCCAUUGAGACAGGAAACGGUAUUCGAGUCUUACGCAAACAUGGUGGGGAAUGGGUUGGAUGUCCGAAAGCAGGACUCCGUUAUGAUGGGCUAUACAAGGCAGUUGGCUACACAGUUAAGGAGAAUGACAAGGGAGGAAAGUUCUUGCAAUUCGAGCUUGUAAGAAUGGAUGGUCAGCCCGACAUUGAUAUGGAUAAGCCCGGACUGGCAGAGAGACUUUCUUUCGAAAAGGUCAAGGACAAAUACUGA